AUGUAGCAUGGUGGACCAUGGCGCUACAUGAUUUAAGAAAGAUAUAUUUUCAUAAAAUAUAAAAACGAUUCUUGUGUGUAGCCGUUUAUAUUUUGACAAUUUUAACAUGGAAACUCGAACAAAUGAGUUAUUAACAACAGGUCCUGUAACGAUUAAAGAAGAACCACUUGAUCAAACUGGCGUGAAGCAAAACAUGCAACAAUCUCAAGUACAGGGCGUUUGCAUUGAAGAAGAAUGUGAACAACGUAUUGAAUGUACAACUGAGGGUCAAGAGACUGAAACACGCGCAUUUUUAUCGAAAUGUGUAUUCUGUGGAAAGACAUUUACUUUUGGUGAUGAUCCAAAACUUUUAGAAUGUUUACAUGCAGCAUGUUCGACAUGUGUCAAUAGCAAACUUAGUGAUCACAAUACAUCAGUCGACGUGGAUGUUUUGUUGGAGAGCAAUGUGAUUACUUGCCAAAUAUGUAAUGUAACAACACAAGCAGAAAAUUUAAUUGAAAAUCGAUUUUUAUCAAAAUUUAUUGAAGAAGAUAAUAGUCCAGGUACUGAUGAUGAAUCUAAAGAAACAGAAGAAGAGAAAAAAUGUACUAGCUGUCACGAUAAUGCUAAUGCCACAAGUUGGUGUGUAGAAUGUGAAGAAUUUAUAUGUCAAAAUUGUGUUAUGGCACAUCAAAGAUUAAAAAUAACAAAAGAUCACACAAUUAAACCAAAGGAUGAAGUUGCCAAUGAUAGAGAUAAUGUUAAAAAAAGCAACAAAAAAAUACCUGGCUACUUAUUUUGUACAAUUCAUUCACAUGAACAAUUAUCUUUAUUUUGUCAAACAUGUGAUAAACUUACUUGUAGAGAUUGUCAACUAAGUGAACACAGAGAUCAUAAGUACAAAUUUAUUCAUGAAAUUGCUGCUGAAACCCGUGCUUCUGUAUCAACUUUACUUAAAGAAGUGAGUUAUAAACGAGUUUUAUUAAAAAGUGCAAUGAAAGUUAUAGAAGAUAGACAGGUUCUUAUAUUAGAGAAAAAGAAAAAUUUAGUACAAGAUAUAACACAAAUGGUGGUGCAAUUAACAAAUACAAUUAAUACACGAGGAAAACAAUUAGUUAUGCGUUUAAAUGAAGUUUGUGAUCAAAAGCAAAAUACAUUAAAUGAAAAAAAAGUUGCUUUAGAUCAAUUAUCAAAACUUACAGAUCAUUGUAUUCAAUUUGUAACUCAUGCUUUAAAAAAAGGUUCAGAUAUGGAAUUAUUAUAUAGUAAAAAAUCUGUUACAAGUCAUUUACAAAGAAUAAAAAGUAGACGAGCUGAUAUUCCAAAUCCAGAAAUACCAGUUAGAAUACAUUUGUCCUUGGAGAAAGUACCAGAUUUGAUAAAAGUGGUUUCAUCUAUUGGAGCAAUAGUGGUGGAUGGUAGAGUAUAUCCUUCAACAUCUCCAUUGGGUGGAAUAAAUACACCUGUUAUGUCAUAUAAUGAAUCACAAACAGAUCAAAAACAAACAACAAAUUUGUCAAAUACACAUAUGGAUGGUUCUUCCAUAACUGCACAAUUACCUACUACAACACAACAAUCUAAUAAUAGUAUGCAACAAAAUUCUUACCAACAAGUGCCUCUUCAUAUAGCAUCUCAACAGCAACAACAAACACAAUCGCAAAAUUAUGUACAACAUUAUCCUAUAAAUAAUAUGCCACCUCGGUCAUCACCACAAGCUCAUCAACCACGGGUACCGUAUGCAGUUAAUUUUAAUAACAGAUUACAACAACCAAUAAUGAUACAACAACGUCCUUUGGGAAGCUGUCAUCAACAAGUAACAUCAUCCACGCAUCCUCAUCAACAAGUACACAUAGAUCAACUUGGACAAAAUACAAGUUUACGUGGACUUCUUGCACAUAAUCCACCACCUUUUCGACCUUCUACAAAUCAUGUAUCAUAUCGAUUGCCACCUUAUAGAUAUCCUACAAAUAAUUCUCAACGGCCAGUACCACCACCUGCAUAUCAACCAACAAAUACAUCAAUGGUAUCUGGUAUAAGACUUCAACAAUGCAAUCCUACUUCUCCAUCCACGCAACAUAUAAAUUAUCCUGUGCAACAACCAACUACAGCCCGUUGGCAUAUACCUCAAAAUGUUAAUCCUUGUCUUCCUUUUUAUGCUUCCCGUCAUCAAUCAAGUACACCUUCCAUGUCAGUUCCUAAUGAUACUUACAAGAUAACAUUAAAAAAUCAACAAUCAAAUACAAGUCAAAAAUAUAGCACACAGACAACUACUGCUUCUGAUAAUCCACCUCAAUCACAAAAUUCAAUAUCUAUUGGUCAUACAGUCAGUUCGUCAGUAUCUAAAACGCCUAGUCCCGUGCUUCCCGGGAAAUCAGAUGAAACUGAAAAGAGUUUAGACAAAUUUUGUCAGAAAUCUUUAAAUGACCUGAUGCUUACCAUCGCUAAAUUAGAUAGUAAUGGAAUUGUAGUUAUACCAGAAGCUCAACGUAAUCAAUUAGAUUCUGCCCAAGUAGAUAGUUCCACUGAUGAAGGAAUAAAUCCAAUGACUGAAAAUUCAUCAGAUACUUCAAAAAAUGCUGCAGCAUCUAUGGCAAAAGAUGAUCCUAAUGAAGAUUGGUGUGCAGUAUGUAUGGAUGGAGGAGAUGCAGUACUUUGUUGUGAUAAAUGCCCAAAAGUCUUCCAUUUAUAUUGUCAUAUUCCUAGCUUAAAAUCAUUUCCUGAUGAAAGUGAAACUUGGCAAUGUAUGUUAUGUACAAAUGUAUUAGAUUGUUCAGAUGAUCCACCAGGAGAAAAAAGACCAAAUACUAUGAGUGCAAAAGAAUUGCGAAUUGCACAAAGAAUUGUAUUAGAACUUUAUUGUCAAUAUGAACAAAGUUUACCUUUCCGUGAAGUUGUAUCCAGUGAGAUUGUCGACUAUCAUCGCAUCAUAAAAAAACCAAUUGCAUUAGAUAUAAUUAGAGAUAAAUUAAAAUCUGAACAUCCAAAUCAUUAUACAGAUUUAAGACAAGUAAUGGCAGACAUCAGAUUGAUGUUUAAAAAUGCUUUUACAUACAAUCCUGUUGAAUCACAAGUCUAUCAAGAAGCACGAAAUUUAGAAGAAUUUUUCGAAAAAUUAUUAUUAAAAUGGGCACCAAAUUAUGCCUAUGAUGAUCCUUUUCUUUCAGCUGAUAAAGACGAGGAUGAAGAAGUAUUCCCUCCUAAUAGAAAAUAUCGUCGUAUAGUUACAGAUUAAUUUCCAUUUUUCAUAAUUAAGUACGUAAAUAAGAAUGUUAUUUUUAAAAUACGUAGCAGAAUUAUCUUUCAAAAUAAUUGAUACUUAUGUAUAUUUAAUGCUUUUCAUGUUUAAUUAAUUGAUAAAAUACUUUAUAUUUACUAACAAACUGAACAGAUGUUUACAAUUAUAGAUACAUACAUAGAUUUUUUCAAAUUUUAUGUUCAAUGAAGAGAAUUUUAUAUCAUGCUUAAUCCCGUGAGCUUAUUGCAUGAAUUUGUAAA